AUGGCCGCGCCGGUCACUAUCGACCCUACAAAACCAGGGAGAUACCCUAUAAUUCUCAGCGAUGCUCUUCUGGGGAAGCCAUCCAAGGAAUUAUACACUGCCGUUAGAUACAACUAUCGGCCUACAUUAUCGUCGGAGACUGCCCCCAACGCAGCGCGCAUCAAGCAAUCCGGUCGGGACGACUCCUACAACCUUGGUUUCGACGAUCAAGGCAACAAAUACCAGUACAAUGGCGUCCGAACCACAGGCGACGGCAACUACAUUCUCAUCUUUGACCCAGCACGGCAAGCCUUUGUGCUGCACCGGGUUGACUCUACCUUCCACAUGAACGUUACGCGCACGCCAACAGAGGGCAAUGUCGAAGCUCUGCGAAAACAAUUCCCACAGCUUGAAGUCAAGAACGGCAAUGAGGUCAAGCAACAGAAGGGCAAGGGCGCAGCGCGAGCCGGUGCUAGCAAGGCUGCCUCUACUAAGGCCAAGGCUGGCGCAGCCGCAGUUGAUGAGGCGAAGUCCAAGGAAUCUGAGAAGGCCAAACCCGUGACAUUGUCCUUCCCGGACCUAAACGCGUCGCCCAAGUCACAACCAGCAACACAAGAACAGCAAGAGAAAACAGAACCCCCACCUCCUCCGAAGCGCAGGGCUGUGUCGCCCAUUGAGUCUGAGGAAGAGGAUGAUGACGACGAUGGAGGACUCACGGUCGAAUAUCCUGAUGGCGAACCAGUGAAGUAUGUAACAACAAACUAUCCCAUUACGUUAACAAGACGUUUCUCCGAAUUUGCCCGGGAUCAUGAGAAUGAGGAGGACGAGGAGUCCAACAAUAGUUACGAUCGCGGGGGAUAUAAUAUGUAUGGCGGAUACGAUGCCGAUGAAGCAGGAUACGAAGAAGAGGAAGAAGAAGAAGAGGAAGAAGAAGAGGUACGGCCACCGCCGCCGCCUCCACCAAAGCCCCAGAGCCCGGAGGUGCCCCCUGCGACAGAACCAGAACGCUAUACCUUCGACGAAGGGGAUGAAGACGGGGAAGGAGAAGAAGAUCCGGACUUUGGUGAUCUGGAAGCCGAUUUGGAGAGAGAAUUUAAUAAGGUCCAAGCCGAAGUGGACGAGAGCGAUGUCAGCGAGGAGGAGUAA